CUGUACUAUCAGGAGUAUGAACUUUCAGAAGUUCAAAGUAUUGCCAGCCGAUAUGUAACCAUUUUCGUUGUUAGUGCUGCAUGGACUCUAUAGCACCGACACAAUGUAUUCUCGCUCUCCUUGGGGAGACCUCUCGUUUCUAAGUCUGGUGUCAUUUCUCCUUCUCCUUCCUGCACCGUCCUGCCAUGGAGGAAAAGUCCUGGUCUUUCCUGUCGAUGGAAGCCACUGGGUCAACAUGAAGGUACUGAUCGAGGAGCUUCAUGCCAGAGGCCACACCAUCACGGUGGUCAGACCCUCCACCAGCUGGUACAUCACUGAGGAGUCACCUCUAUACACCUCCAUCACCAUCAAGGAGAAAGAAUCCUUAUACAGCUUCUUCGAGGCCUUCCUACAGAAGCACUUUAAGGCUCAGCAAGAGGUGGUAUCGACACUGAAGUUCUUCCAACUAACCAUGGAGUUCCUCAGUAUGAUAGAAGAAGCGCACAUCCUGGCUUGCGACACACUGGCUCGCAUGUUCGACGACAGGAAGCUGAUGAAGAGUCUCCAGGAUGCUCAGUAUGACAUGAUGCUCACCGACCCUGCUAUGGCUGGAGGGCUGCUGAUGGCCCACUACCUCAAACUGCCUGUGGUACUCAACGCCCGUUGGAUCACCAGCGGGGAAGGCCAUUUUGCCAUCGCCCCCUCUCCCCUGUCCUACAUCCCGGUCCCAGGGUCUGGAUUCACUGACAAGAUGACCUUCGUCCAACGGGUCCAAAACAUGCUGCACUACAGCAUCAUCGUGUAUCAGCAGAGGUUCAUGGUUGGGCCGAGUUAUGACGCAAUUUGCGCCAAGUACUUCGAAGGGGGCUGUGACAUCAUCUCCUUGAUCCAGGAAGCUGACAUCUGGCUGAUGAGGUCUGACUUUGUGUUUGACUUCCCCCGUCCCACCAUGCCCAACGUCAUCUACAUGGGGGGGUUCCAGUGCAAGCCGGCCCAGCCCCUGCCUCCAGACCUGGAGGAGUUUGUCCAGAGUGCCGGGGAGCAUGGGGUGAUCGUCAUGUCUCUGGGGACUCUUGUCAAUGCACUUCCUGUUGAUAUCACAGACCAGAUCGCCAGCGUGUUCGCCAAGCUGCCUCAGAAGGUGAUCUGGAGGCACCGGGGCAAGAGGCCCUCCACUCUGGGUAACAACACUCUUCUGGUGGACUGGAUGCCCCAGAAAGACCUCCUGGGUCACCCCCAGACCAGAGCCUUUGUGGCCCAUGGAGGAACCAAUGGGGUCCAGGAGGCCAUCUACCACGGCACCCCAGUGCUGGGGAUACCCCUGUUCUUUGACCAGUAUGACAAUCUUCUGCGUCUGCAGGAGAGAGGCGCCGCCAAGAUCCUGGAGCUGGCCAUGUUCAACGGACCCAGUUUCCAGCAGGCUCUGAACCAGGUGCUCACCCACGCCCCCUACAGGGAGAACAUGCAGAGAUUGUCCCGCCUGCACAGGGACCAGCCCAUCAAGCCCAUGGACAAGGCCCUCUUCUGGUUGGAGUUUGUGAUGCGACACAAGGGGGCGUCUCACCUCCGUACGUCGGCCAACAGGAUGCCCUGGUACUCUUACCACUCUGUGGACGUGCUGCUACUGCUGCUGGCUGCCGGGGGAGGAGUCUUGCUCUCUACUGGGCUCCUGAUCAGGAUCCUCUGGAGAACCUGCCGGAAGAACAGGAACAAAACCAAACAACACUGACACCAGUAGCAGAAUCACAUUACUGGAAAUCAAGACUGUUCUCAGGGCAGACCUGGAUAUAGCUAAAUAGUUUGAAUUCUACCAUUUUAGGUAACCCUAACCUUUUCCCUAAACUUAAUGUAGUUCUCCUAAACCACUGGGUAAGUUCUCUUAACCUGCUACAAAAAAGUAACUUCUGUUAGUAAAAAUGAGCAGACACUGCCCUGAGAGCAGUGCUAGUAAAAAUGAGCAGACACUGCCCUGAGAGCAGUGUUAGUAAAAAUGAGCAGACACUGCCCUGAGAGCAGUGCUAGUAAAAAUGAGCAGACACUGCCCUGAGAGCAGUGCUAGUAAAAAUGAGCAGACACUGCCCUGAGAGCAGUGCUAGUAAAAAUGAGCAGACACUGCCCUGAGAGCAGUGUUAGUAAAAAUGAGCAGACACUGCCCUGAGAGCAGUGUUAGUAAAAAUGAGCAGACACUGCCCUGAGAGCAGUGCUAGUAAAAAUGAGCAGACACUGCCCUGAGAGCAGUGCUAGUAAAAAUGAGCAGACACUGCCCUGAGAGCAGUGUUAGUAAAAAUGAGCAGACACUGCCCUGAGAGCAGUGCUAGUAAAAAUGAGCAGACACUGCCCUGAGAGCAGUGUUAGUAUCCACUAAUUAGACACUGCCCUGAGAGCAGUGUUAGUAUCCACUAAUUAGAUACAGCCCAUUAGAUGUCCUUUAAUCUAUAUGAAUUAUAAAUCUGUACUUAUAUCAGGAACAACAUCAAACAACUUAUUAAAACCUACAACAACCGUGCAGGGCAGACCUGGUUAUAGCUAGAUAUAUUUUCCUUAAUGUAGUUCUCCUUACACCCACAGGGUCUUCUGAAAGUAUUCACAUCCCUUGACUUGUUCAACAUGUUGAUGUGUUACAACCUGAAUUUUAAAUCUAUAAAAAAAAAAGAUGAAAAAAAAAAGAU